CUUUUCUCUCUCUCUCUCUCUCUCUCUCUCUAGGGUCUAGGCGAGUCGUUCGUACCUUCAAACUAAACAACCAUGGAUUCACUGCAACAACCAAACCCUCCUCUCCCCUCCGAAACCCUAACUUCUCCUGAACCUCCUCAGCCUCCCUACUCCUCAACAUCAGAGACCCUAACUCAAUCUUCUCCUCCACUAAAUCCUCCCCAACCCCCUCCCGAAAACCUACCUCCACCCAAUCCCACUCCCCCACAGCCCCAACCGCACGACCCGAACCCGGUAUCCGAAGACCAAACCGAGAAACAAGAGGUUCAGAGGCCUUUGUUGUCCGAUAAUGGUCGGGACGGGUCGGGCGGCGAGGAGGAGACCUCGAGCCGGAGGCGGCGGCGGCGGAGUAGGUGGGAGGACGGAGGAGGCGAGCAGAACAACGAGGAGCAGCCGAAGAAGAGGAAGUCUCGGUGGGCCGACGACGAGCCGAAGCCGGUGUUUCAAUUGCCCGACUUCAUGAAAGAUUUGGCCGGAGGUAUGGACACUGACCCCGAGAUACAAGCCCUAAAUGCUAGGUUACUAGAAAUCAGUCGAAUCUUGCAGUCCGGUAUGCAAUUAGAUGACCGUCCGGAAGGCGCCAGGUCUCCUUCUCCCGAACCCGUUUAUGACAACAUCGGGAUUCGGAUAAACACUAGAGAGUAUCGCGCGCGCGAACGGCUUAACAGAGAGAGGCAGGAGAUAAUUUCGCAGAUAAUUAAACGAAACCCUAAUUUUAAGCCGCCAGCGGAUUAUAGGCCGCCAAAGCUUCAGAAGAAGCUUUAUAUACCGAUGAAGGAGUACCCGGGCUAUAACUUUAUCGGGCUUAUAAUUGGACCGAGAGGGAAUACGCAGAAGAGGAUGGAGAAGGAGACGGGGGCGAAGAUUGUGAUUCGGGGUAAAGGGUCGAUUAAGGAAGGGAGGUUGGGGCAGAAGCGGGAUUUGAAGUUUGAUCCUGCGGAGAACGAAGACUUACAUGUUUUGGUUGAGGCCGAGACACAGGAGGCACUUGAGGCUGCGGCGGGGAUGGUGGAGAAGCUCUUGCAGCCAGUGGAUGAAGUGUUGAAUGAGCAUAAGAGGCAGCAGCUUAGGGAACUUGCUGCAUUGAAUGGGACCAUUAAAGAUGAUGAGUAUUGUAGGUUGUGUGGUGAGGCUGGACAUCGGCAGUAUGCGUGUCCUUCGCGUAUGUCUACUUUUAAGAGCGACGUGUUGUGUAAGAUCUGCGGUGAUGGUGGUCACCCUACUAUUGAUUGUCCUGUGAAAGGAACUGUCGGAAAGAAAAUGGACGAUGAGUAUCAGAACUUCUUGGCGGAAUUGGGUGGGACUAUGCCGGAAUCUGUUGCCAAGCAAAACCCAACAUUGUCUAUUAUGGGUUCCAACAGUUCGGGAACUAACCCCCCUUGGGUUAGUGGAAAUGGAACCGGAGGUACAGGGACAACAUCACGUCCCGGACUUGGGAGCACUGUAACUGCAGUGGGGAAAGAAAUAGACGACACAAACUUGUAUAUCGGAUACUUGCCGCCUACGCUUGACGACGAUGCUCUGAUCAGAUUGUUUUCGCCUUUUGGUGACAUAGUAAUGGCUAAGGUUAUUAAGGACCGGGUGACUGGAUUGAGUAAAGGGUAUGGUUUCGUUAAGUAUUCUGAUGUUGCCCAGGCAAAUCAAGCCAUUACUAGCAUGAAUGGGUAUCGUCUAGAGGGUAGAGUAAUAGCAGUUAGAGUAGCGGGUAAGCCCCCACAACCAGUUGUUACCCCUGGACCUCCUCCACCCCCAAUGUCCACUUACCAUCCUCCUAAUCAGGCAUUUGGCCCACCGCCUCCUGGUACUCUUGGGAGCAUGCCACCUGGCAGCUACAUGGGCGCCCCUGUUCCUUGGGGACCACCAGCUCCUCUUCCUUAUGCUCCUUAUGGCCCACCGCCUCCUGGAGCAAAUAUUUACAAUGCUGUCCAAGGUCAAACUAUGCCCCCUUAUGGUGUACCUUAUCCCCCGCCUCCACAAGCUGCUGUCUCUAGUGCUCCAUCUCAGAGUAAUGGGUCUGUAGAUUCUGCAGAGUCUGGAGCUAAUAACAUAUAUGGGAAUUCAGCAAUGGGGAUGCCACCAAACCCUCAGACUACAUAUCAUCCGUCUUCGUUGGGUUAUCCUUCUUAUUAUGCUGUAGCUCCUCCUCCUCCACCUGUAUCUCUUCCAACAAUGGAACAGCAGAGCUUUGCAAGUGCACCAUGGGCGUCUAACCCUCCUGCUCCACCACCCAUUAAAUCUGCAGAGCAAAGUCAGCAAGCAAGUUAUGGAACAGAUCCUGAGUACGAGAAGUUCAUGGCUGAGAUGAAAUAAAAAACACUCUUCUGUGCCAAUGAUGUUGCAAUGGUAGAACGCAAUGAGGUUUUCUUGGAGCUCUUGUCAACCUGUUUUGUUACAUGUCACUUGGACUUGUUGGAAGUUUCAGACUCACAUCUUUAAUCUUGCUGUGCUCUUGUCACAAUUGCAGAGACUUUUACAGAGAUUCAGAUUAUUCAUUACUGUGGUGGAGAAGCUACGCAUUACCCCUUUCUGCAGGCAUAUGGAUUGCAUCUUGUGCCAAUCAUGGAGUGACUGGACAGCAUCUUGAUACUAAUAAUUUUCUUAUGCUGGUUUUCUUUGAACUUUCAUGAGUAUGCUGUAGGUUUAAUGUUGUAAUGCCUCAUUUGAUACUGUUUUAAUGUGUUAUUUUCUUUGGAUUA